AUGUAUUCAGUAACGAAAGAUUUUAUGAACAAAGAAGCACCGCCGAACUAUGUUGCAGGGCUUGGCAGAGGUGCAACUGGCUUCACAACACGAUCUGACAUUGGUCCAGCCAGAGAAGGUCCAUCUGACUUCAGUGAUUCUUUACAGAAAAAAGUACAGCAAGAUGAGGAUGAUGACGAUGAGAGGUUUCAAGACCCGGAUAACGAAACCGGGCUCUUUUCCAGUGCUCCCUAUGAAGAAGAUGACGAGGAAGCAGAUAGGAUAUAUGAUGCCAUCGAUCAAAAGAUGGACGAGAGACGCAAAGCCAGAAGGGAAGCUCGCGAGAAGCAAGAACUAGAGAAGUACAGAGCAGAGAGACCGAAAAUUCAACAACAAUUUGCCGAUCUCAAGCGCGGUCUUUCUGCUGUUACCGAUGACGAGUGGGCAAAUUUACCUGAUGUCGGAGAUCUCGUUGGCAAAAAUCGUAAGAAGACAAAUUUGAGAGAGAGAUACUAUGCCGUGCCGGACUCGCUACUUGAAAAAGCAAAGCAGGAGAGUCAGUAUGUUACACAGUUAGAUGUACAGCAACAGAAAUACGGUGGGUUCACAACCCCAGCGCCUGAUUCUGGCAUGAUGACCAAUUUCAUUGAAAUCGGGCAAGCUAGAGAUAAAGUGCUAAGUUUAAAAUUAGAUCAAAUAUCAGACUCGGUUAGCGGUCAGACCACCGUUGAUCCCAAAGGCUACUUAACAGAUUUAAAUAGUGUUGUGAUAAAAAGUGAUGCAGAAAUUGGAGAUAUAAAAAAAGCCCGUCUAUUGCUAAAUUCCGUAAUAUCAACGAACCCUAAACACGCACCCGGAUGGAUUGCUGCUGCUAGAUUAGAAGAAGUAGCCGGGAAAUUGUCGCAAGCCAGAUCCAUAAUCUCCAAGGGGUGUGAAGAGUGCCCUAAGAGCGAAGACGUCUGGUUAGAGGCAGCACGCCUGAAUACUAAUGAAACUGCAAAGACAAUUUUAGCGAACGCCGUUAGACAUCUUCCUCAAUCCGUCAAGAUCUGGCUUCAAGCCGUCAAAUUAGAAACUGACGCAAAGUCAAAAAAGAAGAUUCUUCGAAGAGCUCUUGAAUUUGUUCCAAACUCUGUAAAACUCUGGAAAGAAGCCGUAAACAUGGAAGACAACCCGUCGGAUGCUCGUAUCCUCCUGGCUCGUGCAACAGAGCUUGUUCCACUUUCUGUUGACCUGUGGUUAGCCUUGGCUCAUUUAGAAACGUACGAAAACGCCAAAAAAGUUCUCAACAAGGCUCGCACUCAUAUUCCAACUUCCCAUGAUAUUUGGAUAGCCGCUGCUCGCUUGGAAGAGCAACAAGGGAACGAAAAAAUGACGGACAAAAUUAUCGCACGUGCAGUGAUCGUGUUGUCCGAGAAAGGGAGUGUUCUGGGUAGGGAACAAUGGUUGCAGGAAGCAGAGAAGUGCGAACAAAAAGAGAGCAUUGGAACUUGCCAGGCUAUCGUAAGGAACACGAUUGGUAUGGGAUUAGAAGAACAAGAUAAAAAGGCAGUGUGGACAGAAGAUGCCGAGAGUUGUGUUGCACACAAGUCUAUUGAGACGGCGCGAGCGAUUUAUGCACAUGCAUUGAAAAUCUUUCCUGGAAAGAAGUCGUUAUGGAGGCGGGCGGCGUUUUUGGAGAAAUCCUAUGGAACAGGGGAUUCAUUGGAGGAAUUGUUGCAAAGAGCGGUUAGGUUCUGUCCUCAGGCUGAAGUUCUGUGGUUAAUGGGCGCUAAAGAGAAGUGGUUAGCAGGUGAUGUAGAUGGCGCGAGGGCAAUUCUAACUGAAGCUUUCCGCGCAAACCCAAAUUCCGAGCAAAUAUGGCUAGCGGCUGUAAAACUCGAAGCAGAGAAUGGCGAAUACGAGCGUGCUCGCAUGCUUCUUCAGAAAGCUCGUGAACAAGCUGGAACAGAAAAAGUCUGGAUGAAAUCUAUUGUCCUUGAACGACAACUCGGACGAACGGAUGAAGCUCUGUCCAUGCUUGACGAGGCUCUUGCAAAAUAUCCUACGUUCGAUAAACUAUGGAUGAUCAGAGGGCAGAUCGAAGAGGAAAAACAAGGCUUGUCGGUGGCGAGAGCGACGUAUAACAAGGCUGUGAAAAACUGUCCAAAAAGCGUACCAUUGUGGAUAUUGUCUUCCAGGUUGGAAGAAAAGGCUGAUCUAUUGAUUAAAGCAAGGGCUACGUUGGAACGGGGACGGUUGUUGAAUCCAAAAACCCCGGAAUUGUGGUGUGAGGCUGUUCGAGUUGAAUUGAGAGGCAAUAACGUAAACAUGGCGAAGGCUUUGCUGGCAAAAGCUCUGCAGGAAUGUCCCAAUUCAGGCCUGCUCUGGUCGGAAGCAAUCUUCAUGGAACCUCGAGCACAAAGAAAGACGAAAUCGGUGGACGCGCUUAAAAAAUGUGACAAUGACGCUAUUGUUAUAACCACUGUUGCUCGCCUCUUUUGGGCAGAGCGUAAAGUUGCGAAAGCUCGCACUUGGUUUGAGAAAUCGAUAAAGGUGAACCCUGACAUGGGUGACUCUUGGGCGUGGCUCUAUAAAUUUGAGCAACAGCAUGGAACCGAGCAGCAUCAGCAGGACGUGAUUUCUCGGUGUGUUGCUGCUGAACCACAUCAUGGCGAGAAAUGGCAGGUUGUCGCAAAGGAUAUGAAAAAUGUAGGAAAGAAUACAGAGGAGCUUUUGAAGAUGGUGGCUGAGCAGUUGUCAUAA